CAUCCACCUUUAUCUUUCCACUCUGACGGAAAAAAAAAGCCCGCAGCAUUUCCCAUCUCAGAGUUGAGGGUUUCUUGAAUCAUCAAAGGAUUUGAAAUUCAAAUUCAUGAUCUGCUCGUUUGUCUUAAAUCAUUUUUUUUCGAAUUAGGUUUAGGGUUAGGGUUAGGGCUUUAUCUGAUCACAAUAAUAUGGGGAAUAAAGUAACCGACGAACUAAUAGAGACAGUUCGGUCUAUCGUUGGUCAAGAAUACUCCGACAUGGACAUCAUCCGAGCACUUCAUAUGGCGAAGAACGACGCAACUGCGGCAAUCAACAUCAUAUUUGACACCCCCCUGAGUUUCAGAACCAAGGAUAAAUCCCAAGGAGUUCGGGGAAAAUCUGAAACUGUUGCUGUGAAGUCAAUUCAAAAUGGUAACGAGAUCCUCAAUCGUUCUCAAAGUUCUACUUCCAAUGAUUCUCUGAACCCUAGAAAUUCGAUGGAAAGUGACGUCAAAGACUUGAAUAGGUGCUCGAGUUCGAUGGGGAGUGAGUGGUGGUUUGUGGGUUGCGGUGAGGUUGCAGGCAUGUCCACGUGUAAAGGGAGGAGGCUGAAAUCUGGUGAAGAAGUGAAUUUCACAUUUCCACUGAACAACUAUAGUAAAUCUAGUUCACCCUCACCGGCCAAGUUUGGUGGCCGAGGUCGACAGGUCGCUGCCUGUUCCGAGAUUGUAAGGUUCUCGACCAAAGAUUGUGGAGAGUGUGGACAGAUUGGUCGAAUUCCCAAUGAGUGGGCGCGGUGUCUUUUGCCGCUUGUGAGGGAUAAUAAGGUCCGGCUUGAGGGUUGUUGUAAAUCUACUCCUGAUGUACUGGGCAUUAUGGACACCAUUCUUUUGACAAUCAGUGUGUACAUUAACAGUUCCAUGUUCCGAAAAAGCCACCAGACCUCACUAAAGGCAGCCAGCACUUCUGUGGAUGAAUCAAUCAUUCACCCUCUGCCAACCUUGUUCCGGCUGCUGGGAAUAACACCUUUUAAGAAGGCGGAAUUCACUCCUGGCGAUUUGUACACAAGGAAGAGGCCUUUAAACUCAGAGGACAGCUCCGGUGUUCCUGCCUCAUUGCUACAUGUCAACAAGUUUAAGAAUUCAUCUUUGAAUGGAAAUAAAGUGGAAAAUGAAGAGUCCAUUUCUGAUACUGAUCUUGACAAUAUUGUUGGUGUUGGUGAUAACUCUGAGCUAGAGGAAAUGGAACCCCCUAGUACUAUUCAAUGUGAACUUCGCCCCUACCAAAAGCAGGCUCUUCAUUGGAUGAUUCAGUUGGAGAAAGGACGGUGCAUGGAUGAGGCAGCAACUACCCUUCACCCAUGUUGGGAUGCAUAUCGCCUUGCAGAUAAGAGGGAUCUUGUUGUCUACUUGAAUGCAUUUUCUGGUGAUGCCACGACAGAAUUUCCAAGCACCCUUCAAAUGGCCAAAGGAGGAAUUUUAGCAGAUGCCAUGGGACUUGGAAAGACCAUUAUGACCAUAGCUCUCCUUCUUGCUCAUUCAGAAAGAGGUGGAUCCUUAGGUAGCCAAAACAUGAGCCCGACCUUCAGUGUUAAUAGUGAAGCAAGCAAUGCUUCAGAUCAAUCUCCGAGCCUCCCGGACAAAGCAGCAAAAUUUUCUGGUCUCAAUAAGCUUGUGAAGCAAAAGAACUCGCUUAUUGGUGGUGGUAAUCUGAUUAUAUGUCCUAUGACUCUUCUAGGCCAAUGGAAGGCAGAGAUUGAAUCUCAUGCACGACCUGGGUCUCUGUCUAUUUAUGUUCAUUAUGGACAAAACAGACCUAAGGAUGCAAAAAUUCUAGCUCAGAGUGAUGUUGUUCUAACUACCUAUGGAGUAUUAGCCUCAGAAUUUUCGACAGAGAACACUGAAGACAAUGGGGGACUUUACUCAGUGAGAUGGUUUAGGGUGGUUCUUGAUGAGGCACAUACUAUCAAAUCUUCUAAAAGCCAAAUUUCUGUGACUGCAGCUGCCCUUGUUGCCGAUCGCCGAUGGUGUCUUACUGGUACCCCUAUCCAGAACAACGUGGAGGAUAUUUAUAGUCUCCUUCGAUUUUUGAGGGUUGAACCAUGGGGAAACUGGGCAUGGUGGAAUAAACUCAUUCAAAAACCUUUUGAGGAGGGUGAUGAGAGAGGGUUAAAGCUGGUUCAGUCCAUCUUAAGGCCGAUUAUGUUAAGAAGAACCAAGUUUAGCACUGACCGAGAAGGAAGGCCAAUUUUAGUUCUCCCACCAGCGGAUAUCCAGGUGAUUUAUUGUGAACUCACAGAAGCUGAAAAAGAUUUUUAUGAGGCUUUGUUUAAAAGAUCCAAGGUGAAAUUUGAUCAAUUCGUCGAGCAAGGACGGGUUCUUCAUAACUAUGCUUCUAUAUUGGAGCUGCUCUUACGUCUUCGCCAGUGUUGUGAUCAUCCAUUUCUUGUGAUGAGUCGAGGUGAUGCUCAUGAAUUCUCUGAUCUGAAUAAGCUUGCCAAACGUUUCCUUAAGGGUGGUCGGGAUGUUGUGGAAGGGGAGGCAAAAGAUGUGCCUUCACGGGCUUAUAUUCAGGAGGUUGUUGAAGAGUUGCGCAAGGGGGAGCAGGGAGAGUGUCCAAUAUGCCUCGAAGCUUUUGAAGAUGCAGUUUUGACACCUUGUGCUCAUCGCUUAUGCCGAGAAUGUCUCUUGGCAAGUUGGCGGAAUCCUACUUCUGGUCUUUGUCCUGUUUGUAGGAAGACAAUCGACAGGCAAAAUCUUAUUACGGCACCAACUGAUAGUCGCUUCCGGAUUGAUGUUGAGAGAAACUGGGUUGAAUCAUCUAAAGUUGCCUCUCUGUUGCAUGAACUAGAGAAUCUUCGUUCAUCAGGCUCUAAAAGCAUUGUUUUUAGCCAAUGGACUGCCUUUCUAGAUCUUUUGCAGAUUCCACUUUCUCGGAGUAGCAUUCCGUUUCUUCGUCUGGAUGGGACUCUAAACCAACAGCAACGUGAAAAAGUAAUAAAGCAGUUCUCAGAAGAAAGCAACAUCCUGGUGCUGUUAAUGUCAUUGAAGGCUGGUGGGGUUGGAAUAAACCUAACAGCAGCAUCCAAUGCAUUUGUCUUGGAUCCAUGGUGGAAUCCAGCUGUAGAGGAACAGGCUGUCAUGCGCAUUCACCGCAUUGGACAAACUAAAAAAGUAAUGAUCAAACGGUUCAUUGUGAAGGGAACAGUCGAGGAAAAAAUGGAAGCAGUGCAAGCCCGGAAGCAACGGAUGAUCUCUGGUGCCUUGACUGACCAAGAAGUCCGAACUGCACGGAUCGAGGAGCUUAAGAUGCUUUUCACUUAGAUUAACCAAGGGAGUAAUAAUAACCUAAUUUUGUAUCACUGGUCUUGGGACAUUUGAUGGGUUUCACCUUUUUGCUGCCAGUGCUUUGAAAAGAGUUGCCCUUCAGGUUGCCUUCCUUGUUAAACUGAUGGGGUCUGAAGCUCUUGUUAGCUGACAUUCUUUGCUCUUUGUGGAAGCAAUCAUAUGGACAGAUUGGAGGCCGGUCAGAAUUCUGUACAAUUGUCAUGCUUACCUGUGCUGAUACCUUGCCAAUUGUACGAAAGAGAGCUUCAUCUCAUCUAAUUCGGAGGGUCCAUAAUCGAGUCAAUAAAUGUUUACUCGUAGGAUGGCUGACGCUCAAGAUCGAGCAGUUCAGACCAUGAAGAUUCUUGUAUCCUUUUAGAGACUGGAAACCCUGGGGUUGUAAAGAUGUCUGUAUUCUUUUUAGAGACUGAAAAUCUGGGGUUAGUUCAACAUGUAAUAUUAAACUUAUAGCUUAUGACAUUGUAUUGUAUUGUAUUGUAUUGUAUUGCUUCUUAAUUUUGGAGCUGUAUGCACACAUUUUCAUUAGUAAAGAGUUAUUGGGUAUUAAACACCAUAUGCCAUGAACUUCACGAGUUCGAGAGGAUUGUCUACUUGGUUUAAAACAGAAAUGUUGGUUACAAUGAUUGGAAAUACGGAGGCUUAGUUUUAUAUUUUUUAGUUUUAUUUUGAAGGAGGAUUCUGACAAGAGAACUUGAGAUUUUAAUUUGAAUGAGGUUUAAUUUCCAAAAUUUUAGUCAUACAAAGAAUUAAAGAAAAAAGAGAACGACAACUGAGAAGUUCAGUACCUCAACAGGAAACACGGUUUGUACUGUUAUUUUUUUAUUUUAUUGGCACAGCUACCAUCAUUGCGGUAAGGAGAGGCUGUAUUCUAACUUCGAAUCCGUGAAACAUUUUUGUAGGGUGUUCUAACAUUCAUAUAAAUAGGAGGAUAAAGGAGGAGACCUAAAAAGAGGUAAAUAAAGUUUAAGAUUCGAAUUUUCUGGAGUGCAAACAAUUCUUUGAGGGGUUGUGCGAGUAUCCGUUAGGAAAUUAAAAAAAAAAAAAAAAAAAAAAAAAA